AUGAAACAAAUUCUGUUUCUUUGUUUUCUGUAUCAGGCAAUCGUGGCUGCUACAAGAGAGAGAGUUUGCCAGAAGCACCUGGAGCCACUGAAUCUCUUCUGCAAGGACGACGAAGCCCUCAUCUGUGUGGUCUGUCACCGAUCCAAGGAGCACAGAGAUCAUGAAGCCCUUCCUCUUGAGGAGGUCUCCCAAGAGUACAAGGAUCAGUUCUGCAACCGCCUGGAGAUACUGAAGAAGGAGAGAGAAAGAAUUGUGGCAUGUAAAGCAGAGGUAGUGAAGGAAAGCCAAGACCUGCUUAAGCAAACCACAGGAGAGAAGCAAGAGACGGUGGCCAAGUUCAGGCAACUACACUCAUUUCUGGAGGAAAAAGAGAAACUUCUCCUGGCCCAGAUGGAAGAGGUGGAGAAGGAGGUGGCAAGAAACAGGGACCAGCACCUGGCCAAACUCUCUGAGGAACUGUCCUCUCUGGACAGCCUCAUCCAGGAGAUGGAGGAGAAGUGUCAGCAGCCGGCCAGUGAUCUCCUGCAGGAUGCCAGAAGCACCUUGCAGAGGUACGAAGAAAAGGAGGCGUUUGAGGAUCGAGUGGCUUUUCCUCUUGUGCCGAAGGGGCGCGUCUUGGACAUCUCCGAUCUAAAUGUCUUUUUGGAGGGAAUCAAGAAGCAAUUCGUAGACACUCUGGAUUCUGGACUUCUCCUGCAGAAAGCAAAUGUGACUCUGGAUCCAGACACGGCCCAUCCCCGACUCUUCCUUUCUGAGGGUAGGAAAAGUGUGAGACGGGGAGAAAAAGCUCAAGCUCUGCCCAGCAAUCCUGAGAGAUUUGAAAACCGUUACAUUGUUCUGGGCCGUGAGGGAUUCACAGCCGGCCACCAUUUCUGGGAAGUCCUUGUGGGAAGUGAGGAAGGCUGGCGUGUGGGGGUGGCCAGAAAGUCUGUGAGGAGGAGAGGAUAUUUCUCCUUUAGUCCUGAAGGAGGGAUCUGGGCUGUGGGGAAGUCGCUUGGGCAGUAUUGGGCUGCCAUGAAAGACAAACACCCUCCCCUGACCCUGACCGGGGAGCCCAAGAGGAUCCGAGUCUGCCUGAACUACGCUGGGGGCCGAGUGGCCUUUUUCGACGCUGACCGAGGAUCCCCGAUCUACCAGUUCUCUGGAGCCUCCUUCCGUGGAGAGACCCUCCUGCCCUUCUUUUACGUGUGGGGAAAAGGCCACCUCAAGCUCUCUUCUUAA